AAAAUACUGAUGUCUGUUUGUUACUGUAAAACCAGAACGAAGAUCUGCAACUAGUUAGUUGUUGUUUGCUUUGUGUUUAAUUUAAAAAAAAAUUGGAGAAGUUAAUUUUUUUAUACUUUACUGUGAUCUGUAGUUCUCGAGUCAGUGAAAUUAUCGGAGAAAAUGGCAUUCCAAUCACCAAUGCCAAGUAGAGAAUUCCUUUGGGAUAUUUUCAGGAGAGUCGAUAAGGAUAGGAGUGGCUACAUAUCUGCAGAUGAAUUACAACAAGCUUUAUCAAAUGGAACUUGGAAUCCAUUUAAUCCAGAAACUGUAAGGCUUAUGAUAGGAAUGUUUGAUAAACACAAUAGAGGCGCAAUAACAUUUGAUGAUUUUGGAGCCCUAUGGAAAUAUGUGAGUGACUGGCAGAACUGUUUCCGUUCAUUCGACCGUGAUAAUUCUGGUAAUAUCGACAAGGAUGAACUCAAGAAUGCGCUUAGUGCAUUCGGCUAUCGAUUAUCAGAUGAUGUCGUCAGUACAAUGGUACAGAAAUUUGAUCGUUUUGGCAGAGGUACAAUACUCUUUGAUGAUUUCAUCCAGGCUUGUGUCACUUUAUACAUGCUGACAUCAUCGUUUCGUCAAUAUGACACAGAUCAAGAUGGAGUUAUAACUAUACAUUACGAGCAGUUUCUUAAGAUGGUCUUCGGCUUAAAGGUAUAAAUGGUGUCUCGCAUACAUAAGACAUUUUCUACUUGUACUUUGCUAUGGCUCUGUGUUUAUUGUAUUUUUAUAAGCUAUUGAAUGUAUAGACAUAUUAUGCUUUGCUUUAAAAGCAAAGUUUCGUUUCAAAAAUUUGUAUUUUUAUAAUUGUAUUUUAAUAUAUUACAUAGGAUUUAUAUUCAUGUUGCUUGUAUGAGAUGCAAACAUAUUUAAGGUUACGGUAAUAUGAGAAUAAUUAUAUAUAAGAAGAUUUGAGACAUAACUUUCUUGGCUAAAGCGUUAAGACUAAAUGUUACUUCAACUAAAAACGCACACAGUAAUGUCUGAGAAACGAACGAAUGCAUGUCUAACAUAGUCUAGGAGAUUUGUUUAAUGUGAAUAACCCUAUAAGAUCUAACCGCGUAUUUCUCUUCCGUCCAGUGUUGGCCGUAGACUUCAGUUGCCAGAUUUCCUCCGAAAGGUAAAUAAAUGGCCAAAACGAUGAAUUAAUUUUGUUAAUGCAUAAGUAGUGAUUUCUCAAACGAUUCUGAUUUUUUUUUUGGAAUCUCCAUGCCACAUGUGCAAAUUUAAUAUUUAAAUUUUUAUGCAAUUUACAGUAAUCCUGUAAACUCUGAACCAUGCUAUGAAACCACUUUUGCAUGAUACAUGAUAUGUAAUCCUGAAGUAGUUGAAUCGUUUAUUCGCAUUUAAGUUUUUACUAUUGUCAUUUAAACUAUUAUUUUAUUUUAUUUAUGUUUAUCACAUUCCUCUGUUCUGUUAAUAAUUGCAUUAAUCUGGAAUUAGUUUUUUUUAUUUUAUAAUAUUAGUUCUAUUUCUAUAAAUUCAAAAUUGCCAAAUUGUAUAUUAAAUUUUUAAUGAUUUUAUUGAAUAAUUAAAAAAAAAGUACACGUCAUUCAAACUCCUUGCUCAUUCGAAAUUGAGCUCAAACAAUGAACCUUGAUGCUCCACUGUAUACACGUAGUCCAUAUAUCUUUGAUGAAUAUUGUCUAUGGUAUAACUAGAAAAAAUCUUGUUUUAAUUUUUUACCAAGUAGACUUUUAUUGUGAUUGUUAUAUUAUUCUGUUUAUAUAUAACAUCUGUUAGGUUGUAUACUGUUUCCUUAAUAAAAUAUCUACAUGG